ACUUAACCUCACUUUUCAGAUUUUUAUUUUACGUAAUGCAACUGUUGUAUCACCGAUGCGAAAAAUGUCCAUUCAAGACCAAACUCCUAUCAAGGUUAGAAAGCCACACAAAUGACAAAAACAGCGAUUUUAAUUGUUCAAGUGGCCUUGAACCGUACAGGUGUCACAAAUGCAAAACAUUUGAAACGCAUUUCUUGUCACAAUUGAAACAUCACAUUGUUCAAGGUCACUCAUCACAACAUGUCAAACCCAUAACCUACAAAUGUUUCAAGUGUGAUUUUAAAUCGUUUUCGAAAUACUUGGUUUUGAGACAUUCCAUUUUUACCAAACAUCCGAAGAAACAUGGAAAGAGAGGCAUGUUCAAAUGUACACAUUGUGAUUACGACACUAACCUCUUAGACAGUUUGAGAGGUCACGUGAUCUAUAGACACACAAACCAUUCCGAAAUCAAGUGGUUCAAAUGUGAGAAAUGUCCAUUUAAGGGCAAACUCAAGAAGGAUUUAAGACAACAUGUGAUCCUAAAACACGACCCUAAUUAUCACUACUCGUGUACACUUUGUGAUUAUAAGGCGAAGAGGAGUUAUUGUUUGAAAAAACAUGUGGAAAAUCGACACACCAAACCCAAAACGUGGAUUCAAUGUGCCCAUUGUUUUUACAAAGCUAAAAGUAAGGAUUUGUUGAUUUUACAUUUAAAAUCACAACAUGAUUCUAACCUCCAAUGGUUGCAUUGUGACCAUUGUGAUUUCAUAUGUAAAAAUAAGAUUCAAUUGAAAGUACAUACAGUGGCAAAGCAUGCGUUGGUGUGUGACAUUGAGUACUUCCAAUGCGACCAAUGCCAAUUCAAAUCGGCCUAUAAAAAAACACUAAAAAAUCACGUGACCAUAACGCAUGGCCCCAAUAGGCACAAAUGCAACCAAUGCGAAUUCGCCACCAGAUACAAGCAUAACUUGCAAAAGCACAUCAUUUCCAAACACACCGAAAAUCCCCAAGUCUUCAAUUGUGACAAAUGCGAUUACAAAACAAGUCUCAAGGAGAGACUCAAUAAACAUGUGAAGAACCAACAUGGCGACGGGAACCAAACUGUAUACAAUUGUGCCACGUGUAAGUUUAAAACCAAUCACAAGAAGAAUUUACGUGAUCAUUGGCUUGCACUUCACGACAGUGGUUCCCAAGAGUGGUACCACUGCGACGAAUGCACUUUCAAACACAAAAUCAAGAAACGAGUCACACGUCACAAAUAUAUAGUACAUAACCCGAAUAUAAAGUACCACAUGUGUGACCUCUGCUCUUGCAAAUUCAAAACAAACUGUGAAUUGACCCGACACAAGAAUAUCAGACAUAAUAACAAAGUCAAUUUUCAAUGGUUCAAAUGUGAACUUUGUGACUACAAAUUCCGGAAUGUGAAACAAUUGAACACACAUCGUCGUAUUCACGAUUCCAAGCAUUUCUCUUGUGACAUUUGUCAGUUUAUAACUCUUUGGAGGCAUUCUUUGUUUGCACAUAAACAAUUGCACUUACCACGUGAAGAAACAAAAUCUCUCAUGUGUGAUAAGUGUUGUAAGACUUUCAAAACGAAGGCUACACUGGCACGACACCUGAAAAACAUGCAUUCGAAGGACUUUAAAUUUUGUGACUAUGAAAGUAAAUAUCUCCAAGACUUGGAGGAACAUGUUUAUUGUGCUCAUUGCGAUUUUAAAACACUAAGUAAAGACAUUUUGGUCAACCAUCUCAGGUCGCAGCAUAAGCUUGGGGUUGUCUAGUUUGGGCACAAGUCGUGCAAUAAAUUAGCUUUAUGUGGAGAACAAGAAAAAUGACAUUUCUAAGCAUUUUAACAUUUUAUUUUUAUUAAUUUUUUUGUGGAGAACAAGAAAAAUGACAUUUCUAAGGAUUUUAACAUUUUACUUUAUUUGUUUCUUUUAUUUUCUAAUUUUAAGACUUACUAUCGUGGUGUUAUUGUAGAACAUUGUUCGGGGAAGAGUAAAUACUUUUUUAGUU